AUGUUACCAGUAUCGAAAGAAAUAGAUAUGCCGCGGCCCCGUCACGGCACUCUUUAUCCGGGGCCGUCCCGUGGUUCGGCGCGCGCCGAGCGGCGAGGGCGGCAAUCGAUGGCGGGCCGGGACGCGCGCCCCGACGCCCAGACCGGCAGACGCCCGGAGACGCCGUCCCUGAACACACGCUCCUUCGACACGCGCGCAACCCUAUCCGUCAUCCUUCAAUGUUUACUUAUCGGACGACGCGAACAGCUGACCGACCGGACCGGUGGUGCUCCCAGCGGACAGGCGGGGCUUUCGCUAUGCAAGUGA